GUCCUCGCCUGUCUCCUAGCAACUCUCUAACACAGUUGCGCGCGGGGUCGCGGGGGCGGACCGUGUCCCCCGUAACCUCCUCGCACGGCGGCUGUGCGGCGGGUAUGUGAGCCAACUGACGCCGCGGUCUGAGCCCCGGCUGCUACCUAGCGCAUCUGCUCGCAGGAGUGCUGGGCGGGGGGACACUGCAGCAUGUCACUGCACGCCGGGGAGUGCAAGGCUGAGGACGAGGCACGCAUGCCGCCCAGGCCCUCCCGAAGCGGCUUUUCCAGGUCCGCGAGCGAGUGUGGUGUGGAGAACCUGACCGCCGGAGCGCAGGCCCGGGACUCGGCUUCUGAGCGCCAGUGCAGCAGCGUCGCAUCCUCACACGGGCCUGCCAUCAUUUCCAACUCCGACGAGCCCCAGGUCGUCCCCUGCAACUUCAUCAUCUCAUUGGCCUUCCCAGUGAAUAUUGGUCAUAAAGGAAAGUAUACAAGUUUGAUCGAAAAAUAUAGAAAAAACCCUAAAAUGGACAAACCUAUUGCAAAGUUUCGCCGUUUCUACCACAUUGAGUAUUUCCUUCUGCCAGAUGAUGGAGAGCCUAAAAUAGUAGAUAUGGUGGUAUUCCCAGCGGUGGUCAAAGUGUUCCUGGAUUCAGGAGUAAAGACAGUGAGGCCGUGGCAUGAAGGGGACAAAGUCUGGGUGUCAUGGAGCCAAAUUUUUAACAUCAACAUGACAAAGGAAUUACUGAAGAAAAUAAAUUUUCACAAAAUAACUUUGAGGCUCUGGGACAGUAAGGAUAAGGUUUCAAGAAAAGUCAGGUAUUAUCGAUUAAAGACUGCUGGAUAUUCGGAAGAUGCAGGAUCUUCUGAGGAAGUACGACAUUUGGUUUUAAAUCAGAAAAAAUUGUUUGGCAUUCAUGUCAAAGAAGAGUGGGACCAGGAGUAUGCACCAGGAAAACCAGAAAAAGCAGGAAAACACUUAAAGUCUUUGCAUGCAGAGCCUGAAACUCUUUCCAGGAACACUGAGGAAUAUGAAAAGCUACUCAGAACGGAAGAUCUUGCUACGGUUGGAUGGAAUAUUUCAAGACUACCAACUAUUUCUUUGGGAGGGGCAACUGUAAUGGAGAUGAAGAAAUUUAUUGAGAGACCAUCAUUUAGCAGCUUAACAAAAUUAUUAGAAAAGCAAAAAUUUCAAAUUAAACAGAAAGAAUCAGAGGGGAAAAUGAAAAGCCAGAAGAGAAGGAAGAAAUCUCGAGCAGAAGAGGAAACUGAUUCCAAGAUGGCAGGCCGCUGGACGCAGGGCUCCUUCUCCAUCCAGCUGGCAGUAAUGCCACUCCUUGCAGGAUGGCAAACUAUCAUCAGUCGUGGCAGUGGGAGGUCUGCCAACAUUUUAGAUUGUUUUUUGACUUUAAAAACAGAAGUACCUAUCAUGACUGAGGAGCAAAAGCAGGAUUUAAACCCCCUGACCAUAAGGAUCAAAUGUGUUUCCUGUCUUCCAUCACAACCUGUGCCCAUCCAUGAACUAGAGAGGCUCUGCACUCCUGUGUACUGCAGGUACCAGUUCCAUAAGACUCCGGUGCACCAGACUGAGGGGAAGCCUCAUGGAAGCCAUGUCUCCUUCCAGGACAUUAAUGUCAUCUUCCUUGGGGCAAUUCACCCCAGUGACCUGAGGGAAUACCUGGAAGGCCCUCCCAUGGUGGUGGAAGUUCACGACCGGGACCGCAAGUCAGAGGAUUAUUCCCAGAAGCCCACCCUGUUUGGGGAGGACCCUCUGGAUUCAUACCUCAACUUCCAGGCCCUCAUCUCUCUCAAAGCGACAGAGAACAACCCCUUUGAAUCCCAAAACAAGAUGUGGGACCCUCAUGGGGUCGCUCAGGUCAGUUUUUCUGAUCUCCUGCUUGGCCACAAGUACUUGAACCUGGUUGUCCCCAUCCACAGCUGUGAACCCAAACCCAUUCAACAUGGUCAGAUCAGCAGGAGCAGGAAGGUUGUCGGGUUUCAGGUCCCUGCCAAUGGCCUCCAUCAUGGCCCAAUGCCCACGGGCAACUACCUAGAUGCCAACUCCCUGCUCAAGCUGCGAGUGGACAUUGCAGUGCCGCUGCAAACCAGGGCAGAAGCCCCUGGUCCAGGCCUCACAAGGACCCAGUUUGGCUGCAUCAUUUUUGUAUUUGACUCCAGGGAGAUCCUCCUCCUAUACAGUCUGCUACAGGAUAUCACCAGGAUCAACGCCAAGGCCCUUGAUCUGGACUCCUACCCUAUCAACAACAUCCAACAUGUCCUGGCAGCUUUUAAGAUGCGGGUGAAGAUCCAGGAAAUGCAGGACCUGGAUGUUCUCACUGGCUUCCACCUGCUGGAUGGGAAGAUGCACCUCCUCAUUCUGGAAGGCUUGGCUGCCCAAGGUUUGAAGCAGCUGUGGGAGAGCCACCAAAGCCGAAUGACCAAAUCAGAAUAUGGGAAAUGCAAAGUCCUCUACAACUCUCAGCUGCUGUUCCAACACCGCCACUAUGCAGACCUGGAGACCAUCCUGUACCACGUGCACCUCUUCCAGCCGCUGUCACAGCUCAUGAAGCACACAGCACUCUAUGUUCGCAAUGCUGUACCACAGGAGGCCUUCCAGGCCCUGACCAGGAUCUACUGCAUCUGCCAUCACAGCACCAGGCUCAGGGAGGUGAUCACAAGAGAUCUGCUGCCUUCCUCCACCAUGAUCAAAGACCUGAGCCGAGAGUUUGGGUUGCCCAUUUCACAAGAAGAACUCACAGAUAGAAAAUUUUCGGCCAUGUCACCUCUUCCUGCCCCCAAUCUUGAGGACUUCCGAGGUCGGAAUCCCACCCCCACUUAUGAAAUCCUUGCACACCAAGAGAAGUAUCUGCAGUGGCAGGACACUGUGAUGCUGAAGAACAAGGGCCAGAAGCACAGUCUGAUCCAGAAAAAUAUCACGGGAGCCCACCAGGUUAGCAAAAAGCCUCCAAAGCCUAUGGUGAAGGUGAUUAGAAUUUCAGCCCCUAUCCAAGAUGCUGUCUAUAACUACAGCGUUCAGACCCUGAAUUCUACGGCGCUUGCCAAGAAGGAGCUGCACCGAGAGAUGGCCAAGGCGCCAAGGAAGAGAUUCACAUACUCAAAGAAUCACCUCUCAGCUAUGGUAGAGCCUCAGGAUUCUGGGGAAGAGCAGAAAAAAGCCAAGAAGAAAUGCCGCCAAGCCUGGCUGACAGCCAACGGAGUCCAAGGGACAGGUCUCCAGAGCAGCACUGAAAGCAACCCCCACCUCGGGCUGCUGCCCACCAGCUCCACCACAGGACUCACUGAGGGAUGGAGGGAGAACACACUGUUUGCUAACGUGCUAGGGCCUGUGCUGGAUCGAGGGCGGUGGAGCUGGCACCUGCGCCACCGGGACUUUGACCUGUACAGGAAGCCACCACAUUUCCUCGAACUGCCUGCUCCUCUAGCAGUGAACCCCGUACCAGGUAACAGACGAGGCCUUUGCAAAGCUGAGCCUCCAGGUGCUGUGGACAAGCAGGAACUCUGUGCUUUCUGUCUUCAGUCGUAUCCAUUUAAUUUCAGAUCCCCAUAACUGGAAGUCAAGCUUCAGAAUGGGUCUGAUAUCAAAUUGAAAGCUCAGGAGACCCGGAUUGAAGCUGCAGCAGUAAUACUAACUUGUUGGGUGACUUUGGGCAAGUCCCUUCAUUGCUCUGGGCCUUAAAUAUAAGCUUUCUUAACUAUAAAAUGGGAAGGUGGAAAACAGAUCUAAGGGCUUUCUGAGCUUCAACACUAUUCCUCGUGACUGGUCUCUGAAAGCCUAGCCCACAGCUGGGGGCAGAAGCUGCGGGCUUCACUGGGGCCUUCCAACUCCCUUGGAGUUCAAGACACUGCCAUCUCCCUCUGUUGGGGAGACUGGGGUCUUGAUGCAUCAGUCCCUCUGGGUCCUCUUGUCUUUCUCAGCCUUUGUUAAUGAAGGACCUCGAAAUCAUUCAUAGGUUGAUGAGAACCCAAAUUGAUGGGUUAACAGAACUAGAACCUUUGUUAGGGAAGAAUGAGAUGGGCUUAUCUGGCAACAAGGUUUGCCAGAGUCUUUUCCCAGAAAACAGGAUAAAUAGGGUGGAUUUCUUCCCUCCCCCCGACUCCCAAGGGCAGCAGGUGACAGCUGCAUGAAACAGGAGGGAGUGCUGAAAGCUGCGAUUUCUCUCUGUCCUCACUUGGACAUUGCUGCCUCCCUUCAGGACAGGCCCCAGGUUCAGGGGCUGUGUGAAGACCUCCUCCUCCGUUUAGUGUGCCCUGGGCUCAGAGUCACUGCUGUGCUACAGCCCAGGCAUGAACACCAGGCUUCCUCACUGGCCUGAGUGCUCUGGUGGGCUCGACUACAGGCCUUCCCAGCACACGUUCCCUGGGCAUCUCAAGUGGCCUGUGCAUGUUGCUGAAAACAUGUAACAAGUACAUACAAGGGCCUCCCCUCCUCAAAACAUGUUUAAGAAAAGAAAAAGGGAGAAUUUGAACUGGUGGCUCCAGCCUUUUAAACUCAACUGGAGGGAGAAAACCUGCUGUUGACACGGGACUUGCAUGCCACCAGGCCUAGAGUGAAGCCCCCUUUCCUGAAUGUUGCCCAGAGAGGGCAGGGUCUGCACGCUUCCCAAGCCUUCCCCGCAGAGGCGCUCGCUCCGUGCACCUUCG